GAGAUGACCCUGGAAGAGCUGCGUGUCCUGAUGGAGCUACGAUCUGUUGAUGCUCUGAAAAAAAUAAAAGAGAGUUAUGGAGAUGUCUUUGGAAUCUGCACACGGCUCAAAACAUCCCCAAAUACAGUGUGUGUAGACAACCAUUCUGCUACUGAAGAGGAUGAAAAUGAGAUGGCUUGGAUUGAAGGAACUACAAUUCUUUUGUCAGUAGCUUGUGUAGUAUUAGCAACAGCAUUAAAUGACUGGAGUAAGGAGAAACAAUUUAGGAGGUUGCAGCAUCAUAUUGAAAAAGAACAGAAGUUUGCUGUUGUCAGAGAUGGUCAAGUCAUCCAAAUACCCAUAACUGACAUAGUUGUCGGGGAUAUUGUGCAUAUCAAGUAUGGUGACCUUCUACCAGCUGAUGGUGUGCUUCUCCAAGGGAAUGACCUCAAAAUGGAUGAGAGUUCACUCACAGGAGAAUCUGAUCAUGUUAAGAAGACUUUGAGUGGAGAUCCCAUGCUGCUUUCUGGUACCCACGUGAUGGAAGGCUCUGGAAGAAUGAUAAUUACUGCAGUGGGUAUAAACUCACAGAUGGGAAUUAUCCUCACUUUGCUUGGGGUGGGAGGAGAACUAGAGAAGGAGAAAGUGAAAAAGAAAAAGAAAAAACAAGAUGGCUCUCCUGAGAACAGCAACAAAGCAAAAGCUCAGGAUUAUGCAGCCACAGAAAUGCAGCCUGGAACUAGUAAACAAAGCACUAAUGGAGACGAGACAGUCACCAGGCAAUCAAAUUUGCCAAAAAAAGAAAAAUCAGUCCUACAAGGGAAACUUACCAGAUUAGCAGUUCAGAUUGGCAAAGCAGGGUUGGCAAUGUCUACAAUCACAGUGGUUGUCCUUAUAGUUUAUUUUUUAAUUAAAACAUUUUUGAUUCAGAAGCAUACUUGGACUGCUCAGUGCACCCCAGUUUAUAUAAAAUAUUUUCUGAAGUUCUUCAUUAUUGGAGUUACGGUCUUGGUUGUAGCUGUGCCAGAGGGUCUCCCACUUGCUGUCACUAUCUCACUCGCUUAUUCUGUAAAGGAAAUGAUGAAAGAUAAUAACCUAGUGCGGCAUUUGGAUGCUUGUGAAACAAUGGGCAAUGCAACAGCCAUUUGCUCAGAUAAAACAGGAACAUUAACUAUGAACAGAAUGGCAGUAGUCCAGGCUUUCAUCAGCGAAAUGCAUCAUAAAAUUAUUCCUGCACAUGAAUCAAUUCCUCAGACUACUCUGAACUAUCUUUUAACAGGUAUUUCUGUGAAUUGUGCUUACACUUCCAAAAUAUUGCCUUCUGAAAAAGAAAGUGGCUUGCCACGUCAGAUUGGCAAUAAAACUGAAUGUGCCUUGCUGGGAUUUCUUCUGGAUUUAAAACAGGAUUAUCAGGCUGUAAGAAAUCAAAUACCAGAAGAAAAGUUGUAUAAAGUAUACACCUUCAAUUCUGAUAGAAAGUCAAUGAGUACAGUACUGAAAAAUGUUGAUGGUAGUUACCAGAUGUUCACCAAGGGUGCUUCUGAGAUAGUACUUAAAAAAUGCAACAAAAUCUUGAAUGCUGCUGGUAAACCUAAACCAUUCAACUCAAAGGACAGUGAUGAUAUUGUAAAAAAUGUGGUUGAACCUAUGGCUUCUGAUGGACUCAGAACCAUAUGUCUAGCAUUCAGAGAUUUCCCAGCUGGGCAGGCUGAACCAGACUGGGACAAUGAAAACGAUAUUAUCAUGGAACUUACAUGUAUUGCAGUUGUUGGCAUUGAAGAUCCAUUGAGACCUGAAGUUCCUGAUGCAAUAACAAAAUGCCAGAAUGCUGGCAUCACAGUGCGCAUGAUUACUGGCGAUAACAUUAAUACUGCACGCACAAUUGCUUUGAAAUGUGGUAUUUUGCAUCCUGGGGAGACCUUCCUUUGCUUGGAGGGAAAAGAGUUGAACAGAUUAAUACAUAAUGGGAAAGGUGAGAUUAAGCAAGAGCUCCUAGACAAGAUUUGGCCAACACUUCGGGUGCUUGCAAGAUCCUCCCCGACUGACAAACACACUUUGGUAAAAGGUAUAAUUGACAGCACCAUCUCAGAACAGAGACAAGUUGUAGCAGUAACUGGUGAUGGUACUAAUGAUGCGCCAGCACUGAAGGAAGCAAAUGUUGGUUUUGCUAUGGGCAUUGCUGGAACAGAUGUAGCUAAAGAAGCAUCGGAUAUUAUUCUCACAGAUGACAACUUCACAAGCAUCGUUAAAGCAGUUAUGUGGGGCAGAAAUGUAUAUGACAGUAUCUCCAAAUUCUUGCAGUUCCAGCUUACUGUCAAUGUAGUAGCAGUAAUUGUUGUAUUUGUGGGAGCAUGUAUCACGCAAGAUUCACCACUGAAAACUGUGCAGAUGCUGUGGGUGAACCUCAUUAUGGACACAUUUGCUUCUCUUGCUUUAGCUACAGAAAAACCAACUGAGUCUCUCUUGCUACGGAAGCCUUAUGGAAGAAAUAAACCCCUAAUCUCCCGCACAAUGAUGAAAAACAUUUUGGGUCAGGCAUUCUAUCAGCUCAUGGUCAUCUUUACACUUAUUUUUACUGGUGAAAAGCUUUUUGAUAUGGACAGUGGAAGAAAUGCUCCUCUGCAUUCCCCACCCUCCAAUCAUUACACGAUUGUAUUCAAUACUUUUGUGUUGAUGCAGCUUUGUAAUGAAAUCAAUGCCCGAAAGGUUCAUGGUGAAAGGAAUGUCUUUGAGGGAAUAUUCAGUAAUGCCAUCUUUUGUGCUAUCACUGCUGGUACGUUAAUUGUACAGAUACUUAUAGUAGAGGUUGGUGGGAAGCCCUUUAGUUGUACUGAGCUUACAGUAGAACAGUGGCUAUGGUCACUUUUCCUAGGGAUAGGAACAUUACUGUGGGGCCAGCUGAUAACAACAAUUCCAAAUAACUAUUUGAAGUUCUUGACAGAACUUGGUCAUGGGCCACCAAAGGAAGAAAUCCUUGAGGAAGAACUAGCUGAAGGUGCAGGAGAGAUUGACUAUGCUGAAAGAGAAUUACGUCGUGGUCAGAUCUUAUGGUUUAGGGGGAUGAACAGAAUUCAAGCUCAGAGCCGAGUGGUGAAUGCAUUUCGUACUUCCUUUUACGAGGAGUUAGAAAAACCACAAACACAAAGUUCAGUUCGCAGCUUAAGAGAAUCUAAGCAAUGAAUUUUAAGUCCUACCUUCCCAUUAUUGAAACGUCACUCAAAAAAUAAUACUGGGCUACAUAUUAACACAUUCACUGCCUUAAGAAAUAAAUGGGAUUUUUUUUCACACAGAGUGAUAACAAGACAAUCUUUUUGUCUUGAACUGCAAAGGAAGGCACACUGGCGUGAAUGGAGAUUUGUUAAUUAAAGAGCUUUCUGACAGAUUUGAGGGUUUCUUUUUUGGAGAAUGGGAAAAUAAAUUCAUAUAGAUAACAGUAGUUCAGCAUAAAAAGGCUGCUCCUAGCUGUACUCAAAAAUGGGUCUGAAGAGCAUAUUAAGAGUGCUUAUGUUUAUCUUGAGCCUUUCAUUUGGCUUUUUUGUGGGAAAUGGUGACUAUGCUUCCGAUCUAUUAACUCUAAUUUCUGAUGUCAGCUGUUAAAAUUUGACUAGUUUAUUUUAUAAAAGACAACGAUCUUUUUAUAAAGUUCAUAGAUACUUUCAAUUUUUCUCUAUUUAUGAAGGGCAAACUUCUUUCUAUGCGAGUCAAAGAAAAAAGUCAUUUAAAUAGUGCUGUAUUUUCUGGAAUAGGGGGUUUCUAUUGAAACAAAACUCAAUUCUGUUUCCAAUGUACAUGAUAAAUUCUGGAGAUAAGUUGCUAGAGCUAAUGCUUCAAUACAGGCACUGCUAGUGCUUUGUGAACUCAAGUGUGUGGGGCUGGAGACCUUACAAGAACCUAAGGGAGUUUGCUACACAACACCUAUUGAAAUGGAGUGGGAGAUGCUUGCCUGGCUCCUUUACCCUGGCCUAGUGAAUAAAUUAGAGCCUCUGUUCUAUUUAAUGUUUAUAGUACUGAAAGGAGGCCAGUCACCAGGGCCGGCUCCAGGCCCCAGCACGCCAAGCGCGUGCUUGGGGCGGCAUGCCGCAGGGGGCACUCCGCCGGUCGACGGGA